CGCUAGCUGUUUUGGGCCAACUGCCUCGCUGCGCUGCGGGCAAACCAUCUUUACAAUGCAGAUUUGGAGACGUGACUAUAGGCUGAGAGUGAGUCUCUCACGCGUUUUCUCUCGGUCGUUGAGGGCGUCCUUGCACGUAUGCCAUGAUGGACAGCCUCAUCCGUCUACAAGGUCUACACGCCGACCUUGUAGCUUUCACCGAAACACGUCUUGCAAAUAUCGAUCGCUUGUGGUUGGAGUUGGAGGAAAGCAUUCAUGAUUUCCGAAGGCUGCUCGACAAGGCUACACCUUCUGCCUGCGACAAGGAGGUCUACAACAAUGGCAAAAUCUCUGUGGGUGAUCAACAGUAUAGCAUCAACGAAGACUUCAAGCACAUCAGCCGUGCAAUCGCUACAACCCUCGACCUGGACGAGAUCGAAGCUGGUCGGCUGCUCAUCGAGAACCAAGCGGACACAAGUACCGGCGCAGAGUCACUCGUAAUCGACGCUGUGAGCAAUUACCACAAUCGCCGCGAUCUAUUGCUCCAAUGCCUACGAAUCACCCUCCAGCAUUCCCUUUCCCUGGAAGCAGAUGGCAACAUCAAGCAAUUAUUCGAAACAAUUGUUACAAAAGUGUUGGAAGUCGAUGGUGGCGUGACCAACAAUGGCUCGCUGUUUGCGAGAAAAUGCUUGAAUACAUUGGAAGACAUUGAGAAGUUACAAAACAAGGUUGUAGAUGCACUGCAGAGCAAGGCGGUGCUGGGCGGACCUCGUGGCCCAGAGUUCUAUGCUACGCUCGAAUUUCAAAGAGACAGCCUCUUCAAGCAGCACGAGGCUUUGGCUAGUAUACUUGCAUACUUGUUUCAGGGCGAUUAUCCCAACCAGGAGGAUCUUCGAAAGCUCCACGCUGCUGCCAAACGUUGGAAUCAUGUUGACUUCAAUCUCAUACAUUACCUUCCGGCCUUCUCGGCAGCCUUUCGCCAAUUUGGUUCACCUGGGAGUCAGCUAUCCCCGGACAGUACGCACUCAUUGGACAAUCUCUUUGCGCCUCUGACACAGAACUCCGGCUCGGCUUUGGUUCGCCCCUUUCAUGCCACGCUGAGCCUGUGGUGGACUGUCGAGUACAGUGGCCAGUUUAGAGAGUUGACUGAUCAGGAUGCCGCAAGCGAGAAGAGGGGCAACACCGUCAACGCUGCUCUGAAAGAAGACUCUCUCGAAUUCAUGCUUGCUAUCUGCACAAGCACGAACCUGGAUGUGUGGCGCCACCCUGCGCGGCAGGAGUUGGUGACCUUAUUGCUCAGCGAGAGCUCGAGCAUUGUUCUUGAAGGUGGUGAUCAGACAUCUUCAUACUUUCGCCUACAAUUCAUGGAGUGUUUGGAGAAUUUUGUGGAGGCAUUCAUCUCGAACAUGCCUGAUUCCAUUCGCAAACUCCGAACUGAAGAGGACGACCAACGGCUGAAUCACCUGAUGGCAAUGCAAGAGGACCUCCCGCCAGAGCACCGGGGAGGUAGCGUGAGCAAGCUACAUCUUGAGUGUUUUCUGGUCCUCGUCUCUUUCGCUUUUGAACAGCGGCCAGAAGCUGCAGAGCAAUGGUGGGAAGACCCCGAUAGCAAUCUAUAUGGGUUCCUCCAGUGGGCUUCCCGACGACAGACUGUGCCCCGCGUCAGUGCUUUCUGUGAACUUUUGUGUUCUAUUUCCGAGGACCAGGAAUGCGCCGAAGCUGCUCACAAGUUCCUGUUGGACGACAGUUUGCCUAGCACGAGGGGUCGGCGUAACCCUUCGAUGAACUACCAGCAAAUCUUUGCGGAGCUCGAGCUAUACGCGCACAAAGUCCAUGAGCGCUCUAAUCCUUCGUCGCAGCUGCCAAAUAUGCGCAAGGUCCCACCGACCGAAAUGAAUGAGCUUGAAAGUCCAGUUAUGCUGUCCUGCUACCUUCGACUUUUAGCUCAUCUAAGCCGGCAACCCAGUGGCACGCGCUUCUACAUCCUGCAGACAGCGUUCCCUUCUUUCCCACAGGCCCUCCUGUUACUGAGUUCCGGCCCGGUGCCCAGUUAUCUGAGAGCAAGCAUCUUUGCGACCUUGGACGCGUUGCUUACUGACAAGUCCGUACAAACUGCUACCACCUUGUGGCAGACUCUGGAUAAUUGGGCUGCCAAUGGUCAGGAGAUGGUCCAAUCUGCUGUUAACAAGACAGCUCAGCCUCCCAGACCAACCUUGACCGACCUGCAGGCAAAUCUGAAUGCCAUCACGUUGUCGUUCGACCAGUGCGAUUCGUUCGUGGUCUUACUGCGUGAUUUGGUCACCACUUCGCCCUCAACGGGCUUGGGAACAGACAUGUUACCAUUUCCUGGUGACCUGGGCUCAGCAUACAGAAGUCCUGGCAUUGACCCUUAUAUUGAUCUCGUAUGUGGUCAGGUCUUCGUCAAGCGUCUUUCGGAAGUGGGCGAUGAAGUUCAACGUGCAAUCGGCGCUUUCCAUUGCCUCGAAUUUGUGGCUGUGGGACUGGAAGGGUUCAAUGAGGACUAUGUGGUCAUGAUGGAUCGUGCAAAUCCGCAACGCGAUGCCUCUCAGGAGACAUCCAUGGCAACUGCAUACGCUCAACGCAGUGCGUUUGCUAGACUCAUGCAGUGGAUCUUGAGCACAGACAUGAACAAAGCACUGAUGGAGUCCCUACGGGUGCGUCUCGAAUUGGUCGAGACCGCCAUCCCCGAUUCGCCGCUCCUCUUGAGCCUCCAGCGCUCAAUUGAUAUAGUCAACCGAGUUCUCGACCUGCAGCCAACUUACUUCGACAUAGUGAGGCCGAUGGUGCAGUCCCAGGCCCAUCAACAGGGACCCUUCAAUCGAUCGAGCGUCAAUUCCAUCGAAGAUACUCUCGCGGCUCAUCCUGAGGUCGUGCUGAACCUUUGUCAAUUCGCUGCAACUGAUCUUUCUGAUUUGGCACUACGGGCUUUGUCAUUACUGCAAAAGCUAUCCAGCUCUCCGAAACUCAACAAUCACUUCUUGACGUCAGAUCCUGUUCGUGGCCGUACGAGAAGAAUCAUUGAUAUGCUGGGUCCGAAUGCUAGCGUGGAACUUGAGCCGGUCGCGAAAAAUCUAGCUGCCAGACUGCAGUUCGACAUUAGAGAUCUCGAGGAUGGCUUUGAGUCGGUCAACUAUCUUACGAAAGAUGGUAUAUUGGCAUUUCUGAAUGCUUGCCUCGAGACACAGCCAGAUCUCCCGAAUAUCGCACAUCUCCUACUCGGCUUCAGCAGGCUUGAAGAGCGUUUGACGAUCUCCAACUCGAUCGACGCUGGAAUUUCUGUCUUCAACUCCAUCGUUGAUCUUGUGCAGAACUAUCCUGACGAGGAAGAUGGAGUUGUGGUAUCUUGGUUGGUGCACAUCAAAGCUGCGGCCUUAAGAGUUUUGAGGCAGCUGUGGUCCUCAAGCCUGUCACAGAGCAUUGUCAUCGGCCAACUUCGUCGGCUGCAAUUCCUGCAGUCCCAGUACCUGAGCCAGCCUGUCAUAUACCAGCAGACUCUAUGGGAUGGCAAUACCGGUUUUAAUCCCGCUUUCUGGUACAGUACCUCCGCUGAAGCACUUGCUGAAUUUCUCGCGUAUCGAGCCUCGUUGUUCAAUUAUACCACAGCGGAAUUAAGAGCGGCUGCUGCCGAAGGCCUCUCUACUACUCUGCGACAAGCUUUCUCAAUACUUCAGGGGAAGACUGUCAACGUCGAUGGCACCGUUACCCCUAACCCCGAUGUCUUCGCCUUCUUCGAUUUUCUGGAGCUCGAUCUGUCCGCGUCUUUCGAUCUGGAUCCAAAGUACUAUAUGGGCAUUGAUUUCGAUAUGUACCUGACGGAUGCGUCUGACCGGCUACCUCCACUUUACGACAUCAAAUUGAUUCGUGAACAUCUCUAUGCCUACAGAAUAGAUCUGUUGCGCAAGCAAUUGGACUCUCAGAGCAGCCACAAAAUUGACGAACAGGAUCUUAUCGCCGAAGCCGACUCAAUCAUUGCUACGAUAGAAGCUCGGAACAGAUCUAUCGUGGCGCACAAGGCUAGAAGCGACGCUCUGCAUGAGUACGUCGAGAUGAUCAUCGCCAUCAUCGAAAGCUGUCCCAUGGAUUCAUCGGCAAAGUUGCAAUUCAUCCUGCAUGUCCUUCAGAUCAUGCUUCCUAAACUGGAUGUCCUGAUCUCGGAUGAGUCUCAAGAUGUUCUAGAGCUGGCAAGAGCAGCUGAUGCACUGCUAUUCUCCCUUUCCGAGACCGCGCCAACAAAUACUCAAAUGGACAACGUCAUUACCGAGAAGUUGUUCCAGCUAUUCCGAGCUUCGAUCGAAGGGAUCCCCGUAUCAAACUCCAAUUCCGCACUGCGUACGAUAUUCUACAGUAUCUGCUCGCAAUACCUGACUCGUAUCGCUCUACCAGACGAGAGCGCCUUGGACACACUUGCGAAGGCCCGCAGGAACAGCAUGGACUGCGUUCGAUCAGCAAGCCAACGAUUGAUUCCAAUUAUCUCCGACGACGCAGAGGAUGGUCUCGACUCUUGUCGCUUGAAUGCACUGAAUCUACUUGCGCUCCUUACAUCACUUGCAAGAACAGAAAAGUCCAACUAUAUCGUCCAGUCUUUUGUAAAGGCGAACGUUCUCGAGAUUCUGUUGGAAUCCUUGAAGCAUGUCGCGGUAGAAUUCCAGGAGCGUGAACCUGCUCAUCGGUUUUACCUCCUUUCCGCGUUUGAGUCGCGUAUGGUUCUUCUGCUGCAGAUUUCGCGCACCCGGGAUGGUGCAGGGGCCUUACUUGACGCUGGCUUGAUGAACGCAGUACGAGAUUCGCUCCUCUUCCGCGCGGAUCCAGAUCUAGGCAUCUCUUUCCACGACCUGCCAAGCAACGAAGCCGGUGCUGGCGCCACGGAUUAUGACCCUGUCACAUCAGCAUUGCGAACAUAUUACGCCUUGCUGUCUUCCACGUUAAGAGUCCUCCUAUCGACCUUCUUCUCUCGUGGCGCACAGAACGAGCAGAUUCAGUAUCUCGCCCGCUCGUUCCUAACCGAAUAUCGCCCCAACAUGGUUGGCAUUUUCAAGAAGUACGCCGGUAUCAAUGGGAAGGUCGAUGAGAAGCUUCGGCCUCUGAUUGCAGAGUCUGUGAGGUGCUACACUGGUUUCGUGACAUUGUGUGGAUUUGUGGAUUUUGAAGACGAGUCCGGCUUAGAUGCCACACAAUACGGCAGAUUUUCGUGAACACCCGACGAUAAAAUGGGACAUGAAUUUGACUUUGUGUUAGCGUGAGCAUUGAAUGGCAUGGCUCCAACGAGGGUCGAAAAGCAAUUUUGACAUGGAACGAAACAUCGCAGGCGGUCAACAGAACAGGCAAUGGUUCAUA